AUGGGGGCGAUUGUCGAGGACAGCCUGAGUUCUUUGUUGACCGGGGAUCUUUCUGAUUUUACACAGAAAAGAGCUGCCAUUCUCGAGCCGGCCUACGAAUCUUAUCUCAUAUCCCCAGAUUUUCGCAAAGACUCACCCUCUCCCUCUUCAAUAUACUUGCUUCCAUCAUCCGAGGUUGUUGUCUUGAUUUCGCGGUGUCCUGAGACUGAAGCUGCAACCGACCUGCACAUCACCAAGCUAUCAGACUCUUUUGCGGAGAACUUCAUAGGAUACUGCCCCGAAGAGAAAUGUGUCGUGUUCAAGGGUGAGAGAGGGUUGAUAGACGACUUCGUAGACUUUAUAGAGUCAGUCGCCGGGGGGAAAGAAGUCACGAUGGUCCUAAAGGCCCCAGAACAGAUUCGGAUACCACUUGGCGGACUACAACAUGGCCUCGAGUAUGAGGAAUUUGUGGCUCGUGUCGAAAUCCUCGAGUGCGCUUUAUGGAUUGGAAAAUCGCCCAGCGAACAGGAAGAAGGUGGAAUCCGGUUCACCAGAGUUGCUACAGACCCUAAACUUCCCGAGCCAAUCACAUCCAAACGAAUGCCAACGCCCGACUAUGUCAAUAUCACAAAUGACAACAGUCUCAAUCAUGAAGGGCUGUCAAACAUAAACUCGACCAACAUCAGGAGCCCAGAGACGGGUACCUCAUCUCCUUUAUCCGACGCUCCACCAUCUUCUUUGACCCAUACUCCAUCGUCUCCUCUAUCUGACCCUCCCUCUGAUAUCGAUGAAAUUUCAUUGCACAACUGGGGCGACCUCCAUGCCUCAUCGCCUUCCUCGUCUUCGUCAUCGGAGGGUGCCGAGACCCCUCUCUCGCUCCGGGAGUGGGAAUAA